AACAUUUCAUCAAGUUUCUUCUUCCAAAACCCAAAGUCCAAGUUUUCGACAGAAGACUGAAGAGAACCUCCUAGUCUUUCCUUUUUGGUUUUAUCCCUCACGGCCGUUACAGUACAGAAACAUGUCCCGACUAUGGAAAAAACCAAAAUCUGGUCGGCUCUCGAGAUUGAUGUCGGAGUUUCAACAAUCUCCUAAACGCGGUGGGUCUUUAGUCGUCGAAACUGGCUUCCCAGCUUCUCUACUCGAUCUCUUCUUCAAAAAUCGCGAUCGCUUAAAAAAAUCAUCCUCUAAAACUAAACGCAUCCAACGCCAGAUUCAGACCGCUCCAAACGCGUCUUUGCCAAUUAAUCCAGACGUGAGUCUACAAAAGCCCGUUCGGAGUAAGAUCGAAAACGUUAAUCUCGUCGACGGAGGAUUAACGGCAGAGAAGGAUAAACCCACAAGUGACAGAAACGGUUGCGUUUGCAGCGGUGGAAACGUUGCGUUCAUGUUGAUGGCGUUUAAGGUACUUAUAGUAGUCGUUCUCACCUUGAACACGAAGAAGAGGGUCACCAUUGGAAUCACUCUCUCCGCCUUCGCGCUUCUCUUAACAGAGCUCGUGGCGGCGCGUGUUGUUACUCGUUUCAAGCUCUGCAACGCCGACACACCUAGACAAAAGCCACUCUCCUCCACACACGUCGAAAACGUGAUUUUAUUCGAUAAGGUUGAAACUUCUGAUGAUUCUAAGGAUGAACCAGAGCAUGUAGCUGUAACACAGAACUCGAAAGAUUUAAGUAUUCGUGAGCUGUUGUUAAAGGAUGAGAAGUCGACAAGUAAAAGUUCGAAACUCAAAUCGAAGAUCAUGAAGAAGUUGAGGAGUUACAGUAAGAAAAAGAAGAAAACGACUCUGAUCAAAGAAGAAGAGACUUUGAGUGAUGUCUCAAGAUUGGUUUCAGAGAAUAAAUCAGAUAUAAACGAGUCUGAGAGAGACAAAGAGAAGUCGACUCCACCGUUGAUAGAAUCAAAUGGAGAUAGCAUGAAUCGCAGUGUUGUGAUCGUGAUUGUUCUUAUUGGUCUGUUAAGUGGAAAGAUUGUAGCUAUCGGUCUGACACUAUCCUGUCUGUAUCUCAGAUCAGGAGCAGCCAAAAAAUAUGGUCGUUGCAUAUAAUUCUUUUUUUCUUACAAAACUUAGGUGAAUAUGUGUGGUGAUGGUCAUUGGUCAGUGGUGGUUAACGUUAGUUUUUAUUAAUUACUAGAUAUGAGCGGUUUUUUUUAGUUAAGUUAAUAUAUGUAUUUUAUAAUCAUGAUCUAUAGAUAAGUUGCUAUCAAAUUUAUACUUAGAUUAUAUAAACAAUUUAUACA